GAAUCUCGUCGGUCUCCAAGUCUACCAUUGGAAUCUGAAUCUGGACGAUCAACAACAACUUCCAUUAUAUUUAUCGAUCACCAUCUUCAACAUUCCAUGAUCAUGAACAACAACAGAUCCCCACUUCAUUCAUUUCUUUCAAUCUUCCUCAACAUCCACCCUCAUGAAACCCACACCGUUUUCUACUCCGCUUCAUCUUUCUUCUUCGUAUUGAGUGCUUACUUUGUGGUUUUACCCUUAAGAGAUGAAGGGGCUAUAUCAUUGGGUAUAGGGAAUAUUCCAGGACUGUUUUUAGGGUCUUUGAUGCUUACCCUUAUUGCUGCACCUCUUUCUACACUUAUCUUUUCUUUGCCCAAUCUUCCUAAACCUAAGGCUUUGGUAUUAAUAUACAGGUUUUUCAGCGCAAGUCUUGUGCUAUUCUUUAUAUUAUGGGUGGCGUCGUCUCCCGAAAACACAUUACCAAACUUUAAGGGUUUCCUUAACAUGUCAUCCACCAUAAAAGAAGACUUAAAGGUUGAAACUUCGUCCGCUUCUACAAAGCCUGCCGAUUGGGACAAACAUGGAUGGUUUUACAUUUCCGUUAGAAUAUGCUUCUUCUUAUGGGUUGCUCUGCUAAAUCUUAUAACUAUAUCGUCAACAUGGGCAAGAGUCGCUGAUGUCAUGGACAACGAGUCAGGUUCAAGACUGUUUGGAUUUAUCGGUGCGGGUGCGACUUUCGGUCAGCUUUUUGGUUCAUUGUUCGCCACCGGAAUGGCCUGGUUGGGACCAUAUCUCCUGCUAUUUGCUUCGUUGAUGAUGGAAUUCGCUGCGCAAUCAUCGAAAAUGAUCAAUAAAGAAUUAUCUAAUCCUUUGGAAGAACUACGUCCUCUCAGAAAGACUGAAGUUGACCAGCAGGAUGAGAUCGGUGAAGUAGAUACAUCCGAUCACAAAGAAUCUUCACCGAAAGCUUCGAGUUCAACUAUCGACUCUACAACGCCUCGGUUCUGGGCUUUACUGGAUGGAUUCUGGCUUAUAUGGUCAUCAAACUAUUUGUUGUGUGUCUCGUUAUUCUUGUGGCUAAGUGCAGUCACCUCUUCGUUCUUCUAUUUUCAGAAAGUAACAGUAAUUGCCUUAACUGUUACAACUCCUACCGGAAGACGACGGUUAUUUGCACAGAUCAAUAGUUUUAUUGCUGUUUUUAUCCUAGCUGGACAGCUUACUUUAACGGGCCGGAUUCUUACGGUAGCUGGGAUUACUAUAGCUCUUUGCGCUGCACCAUUCACUGCCUUCUUGAAUUCAAUCGCAAUUGCUGUUUGGCCUACUUAUGUAGCAGUUGCUAUCUCAGAGACCGUUCGGAAGGUGGUAACAUAUGUUGUAACUAGGCCAGGAAGAGAAUUACUAUUUACUGUCGUCUCACAGGAUGAGAAAUACAAAGCAAAGGUAUGUAUAGAUGUUCUUGUACAAAGGUUUGGGGAUGCAACGGCAGCUGGGAUGUACAAAUUACUUCAUAGCACGCUUGAUGGCAAAAUAACUCACAUUUCUCUUUAUGCUUUGCCUGUCUGCGUUAUAUGGGUGGUUACAGGAUUCCACUUGGGACGCCGACAAACACAAUUGGCGAAGUCCCAAACUCUUCCAUCCUCGUAAAACUUUGUUUUGUUUGAGGUAAAGUUAAAGCCUUUUUUUUUAUUCUCUUUAUACAAGGGGACUCUACAUGGACUCUAGACAUUGAUUCAUAGUGGAUGCUAAAUCUAUACUAGCGGAUGGAUAACCGUCGCGAAAUUCCUGACAAACAUUUCUAAUACAUUUUCUAUGAUGAAAUAUCCGAAACUUGUACAAGUUAUCGUGACAAUAUUGUUUAGGAUUUUAACAUUUUAGGAUGGGUAACAAGGUCUCACCAAUUUUCCAAAACUUGGCAGGAAUCUUGUACAUUAAGCUUAAAAGUAAAAUGUUUCUUAACUAGGUAUUGCUCUAAUGCUCUAUAUUUUGUUGUU